AUGACCACGACGAUACCUUCACAGGUACAACAAGGACAACAGUCUAUUGGUGGUGGUGGUGCACUAUAUCCAAACAUUGGUGUUAGCAGUGGCAAUGUCAACAACAACAAUAACAACAAUGCAUUGUACAAGGAUAUAAGACUGUCGAUACAGGCAUGGGUCACACCAUCAGUGCUCGUGAUCACCUCACCAUCCGUCACCAAGACCUUCCAAAAGCUAUCAGCUCACAGCGGCAACCUCUUCACUGAUAUCCUACAACAGUACAUCACAGGUCACAGGAAAGUUCCUGUUAGAGUUGGAGAGUCAUAUUAUGAGCUCAAUGACUUUAAGGUCAACUUCAUUACAUUGCAACAUCUUGAACCUGCGAGCUACACUCAAACAUUGUUGGACACAUCAUCUUCAAUCGACUCAAUAGCAACAGAUGAAUACUGUCAGAACUUUAAGAUCAGGACCAAACAAGACGUACCAUACUUCCACAAAGUAUGCCCUGAACCAACACCUUGGUACGAGAAGUAUCGUCAUCAUUAUAUGCGAGCAUGUCACAACCCAGAGAUAGAGACGUUCUCUCAUCCAUUGGCGGUGCUUGUGGUUGCAUCAUCAGAGGACUCCAACCCGAUUGGUUUGUUGGUCAAGAUGUUUGACGCGGCAAAGCCACCAGCAAUACUGCAACAGUUCAACGCUGAUUCUAAUGUACCCAAGUUAUACGUAUUGGUACAUCCAGAGAACUCGGCCACCGAGUCUGAGAAGCGUCUGUCCGAGAUGAAGAGCACAUUCGGACCGGACAACAGCUAUCUGAUGCGCAUCUCCACCAAGGAGGACGACGGCGGUCUCACAUACGACCCAUCCACCGCCGCCUCCAGUCCCGUGCACAGCAUCGUCACUGAUCUCUUCCAGAAACAUCUACCUCAAUUCAUUGGCAAGUCAAUCCAAGAGCUAAGCGAGACGAUCGUGGCCAACAAGAAGAGCUUCUUCUCAAAGAUGAAGGUGUCAUUGAGGAUUGGAUAUAAGAAGAAUGAGAAGGAGGGUGAGGAUGCGUCCUCUUCAGUGUCGAUGGAGCUGUGUCUAAGACGUCUGUCAGACUUGUACUUCCUGCUUCAAGACUAUGAGAACGCCCUCGCCAACUACAAGACACUACUCAAGGAGUACAGCAGCGAGAAGUCUCCCAACUACUAUGCCGCCACCUAUGAGAUGAUUGGAAUGUGUAAUUUUAUGCUUAACAAGGACACGGACACUCAGUUCGAGACGUCGAUCAACAACUACUUGCGCGCUGGAUUGAACGCAGCAUCGGUCCGCGCUGCAAUGAUACAGGGCGAGGUGCUCAAGCGCAAAUCACACUUCAAGCUGCUGGCGGACCUAUUCAAAUCGAUUGCUGAGCGCGAGAUUGAUCCAUUCUGCGCAGCCGUGCUGCUGGAGCAGGCCGGCUUCUGUCUGUUGCAGUCACCCGCGCCCUCAUUCCGCAAGGCCUGCAUGCGUUUGGUGCUAGCGGGCGACCGCUACGCCGAGGCGUCCAAGCGCAAGCAUGCACUGCGCUGCUACAGCUUUGCCUACGGCGCGUACGAAGGUCGCGACUGGAACUUCAUCGAGGAUCAUCUGCAUCUGGCGUUGGUGCGCUACUCAUUCUUCCAGGGCCACACGAGCGACUCGAUCCUCUUUGUCAACAAGCUGUUGGAGAAGAACUGUCAGUCGUUCCAGAGCCAGAACUCAAUCAUUCGCGAGUUCCUCUUCAUCUCCAAGUCGACGACAAAGGACAACUACAUUGGCGAGCUGCCCAUCCCCAUUGUGCACAACGAGCGCACCACGGUCUUUUUGAGCGACUACUCGUCCGAGCUGAACCAGCAGGUUUGGCAAGAGAUGGAGGAGGCCUUCAAGAAGGAGGCAGCCAUCAUUACCAAGCCUGUAUUGCAAGGCUUUGAUCUGUGGCGCAGAGAUCAAUUCUUUGAGCAGGAGAAAGAGCGAACGAUCGUGGUCGAGGAGGCAAUCACCGUUGAGGCCGAGAUCAAGAACCCCCUGCAGGUGCCACUGCAGUUCAAUCGCGCGCAUCUUGUCGCCAUAUUCAAGGAUGGCGAGAAUGGACAGGAGGAGUCAAACAUGUCGCCUCUGGACGAUGAGACACUGGCCAAGAUGGAUCAGGGUGUCACACCCUUCAAGGUCGAGCACUUUGAUGUACUGCUGGGUCCAAGCGAGACCAAGAAGCUCACACUCUCCAUCGUGCCUCUGCGCCAAGGUCAGCUCGUGAUCAAGGGCAUAGGUCUAUGCAUGUGCGGCUCAGUCUGGGGCAAGAGAGAGUUCAAACUCAAGCAAAAGAGAUUGAAUAAGACAAAGGCACAGAGAGAGACUGUAUCAUAUGAACCUAAUCUCAGUCUGACAUUCAAGGUCACAUCGCCAAUGCCCAGACUAGAGUCACAGUUUAUCGAGUUCCCCUCGUCAAUCUGUCACGGCGAGAUGAAGCAGGCCAAGUUGCAACUCAAGAACUGCAGCACAAAGAUGGGUCUGAAGAACGUACGCAUCAGACUGAGUCAUCCAACACUCGUCUGCUUUGGUAGCAACAACGAUGACGCAAGCAUCUUGAACUCAUUGGACUCAUCCAUCCCAUUGAACAUUGAGUUGCCACCAGGCGCAACAGUCACAGUGCCACUGUGGGUCAGGGGAUUGGUCGUUGGACGUUAUACAUUGAGAUGCCUCGUGUACUACGAGUCCGAGGCCGGUAACAGUGAGCUGAAGUACCGUCUCGCAAGGUGUCAGACGGACUUUGACGUCAAGCCAUCGCUCAGGAUCUCAACGUUCUGCCAGCAGAGCUCGACCAACAUCAACUCCUACCUGAUGGGUAUUGAGAUUGACAACCCAAUCAUUGGUGGCGGUGGCGACAUAUUCUAUCUGAAGCAGAUCUCCUCGUUGUCCAAACAAUGGAAGAUCGUACCACUAUCCUACCACGACGACGUGCCCAAUGGAUCAAUCCUCACUCUUCACCCUGGCCAGUUCACCAAUCUCUUCUUUGGCAUUCUCCCAUCAUCCGUUGAUGAUAGACAGGCCACGGCCACAGCAACAACAACUGCAAUGGUCGCGCCAGGCAAACAACCACAACAGCAACAGCAACAACAACAACACCAGCAGUUGACAAUCACAAACAUCUCGUUCGAUAAGAAUGAGCCAAUGUACGAUUCAUCAUCAUUCCCUGUAUUCCAGUUCCUCGAGUACGAGAAGAUGUCACAUGAAUCUGCGCAGUCCAACGCAGCAAAGUUGGGCCAGUCGGCUAGCAUCUCGGCCAAUCCAAGAGACUCCCUAAAGUCACCGAUAUCCAGCGAUUUCCUUGUUGGCGAGCAUCAGAACCUGCUCGACAUGAUGCUGUUCUGGGAGUCGACGCCGCAGGCCACCAAGUCUCAGAUGCUGCUCAAACAGGUGUCCAACCGCAUGGGUGUGCUUAACGCCACGGCCAUCUCCUUCCUGCCAACGCAUCACAACGACUCAUUGCUCGCGACACCAUGGGGCUCGUGGCGCAACACCACAUCACCAACUGGCAAAAUCCAGUCCUACGUCGAUCCCUCUCUGCGCUUCCAGGCGCCACUUCGCUACCAGUUGCAGUCGCCACUGGCCAUCACACACAAGUUUGACCACGAGGCGAUAUGCACCGUGCCACUGCAGCUGCAGUUGUCCAACUGUUCAGCCUAUCACCACUUACAGUUGUCGAUAGAGACCAUCCUGCCACACGAGAACCUGGACGCUGUUAGCCAGCUCACUUCCCAGUACUUCUGGACAGGAAUCACUCGGUACAACAUCCAGCUGGCGCCACUAAAGAGUGUGGAGCUACCUUUGCAUGUAUGUUUCCUACGCGCUGGCACCUACAACGUCAACCGUUUCAAGAUCAAUGUCAAACUGGACAACAGUGGCGAGUUCUCCAAGGAUAUUUUCCCCAACGUCCAACAUCUGAUCAAUGUUGAGGAUGCUGCUGCCAACUCUUAA